AUGGAGUUCGAUCUCUUCGCCAACGUCUCCCGAGUCGUCGAUCUCUGCGCCGCCCCGGGGAGCUGGUCCCAGGUCCUCUCCCGAGUCCUCAUCGAGGGCGAGAAGUUUGGCCGGGCGGCGUGGCAGGACAGGGAGGCCCGGAUCCGCCAGCAGCUCCUCGGCGUGCUCUCGGAGGAAGGGCUGAGCGAGGAGCAGAAGAAGGAGGUGGAGAGCGACCUGGCCAAGCAGCACGCCGAGUCGAAGCCUCGCGAGGACGUCAAGAUUGUCUCGAUCGAUCUGCAGCCCAUCUCGCCCCUUGCGGGCAUCACGACCCUCCGUGCCGACAUCACACAUCCCGCCACCGUCCCGCUUCUACUAUCGGCCCUCGACCCCUCCUACGACGCGACCAAGGCUGCCAAUAGCAACCAGAGCUCCAGCCCGGUUGACCUGGUUAUUUGCGACGGUGCGCCAGAUGUUACCGGCCUCCACGACCUCGAUAUCUACGUCCAGGCUCAGUUGCUGUUCGCUGCCCUGAACCUGGCCCUGUGCGUGCUCAAACCCGGCGGUAAAUUUGUCGCCAAGAUCUUCCGUGCUCGAAACGUCGACAUCCUCUACGCGCAGCUCAAGAUCUUCUUCGAGAAGGUCGUCGUCGCGAAGCCAAGGAGCAGUCGGGCUAGCAGCAUCGAGGCCUUCAUCGUGUGCAUCAACUUCAGACCUCCCCCGGGCUUCAGCGCAAGCCUCGAGGAGCCCCUCGGGGUGGGCGAUCGCCUGGACAAGCUGCUCCUGGAGAGGCAGAGGCAGAAGCCCAUCGUGGCCGAGACUCUUCUGCAGGAUCCCGCCAGGGGGACAUGGGAUUCGCUGCCGGUGGAGCCCUACGAUGCGGGCGGCGAGGAGAUCACGGAGGUGGAGGCCUUUGACGAGACUGGGGAAGAUCUGGAGGCGGCCGGAAAACAUACUCGCUGGAUUGCCCCGUUCACUGCUUGUGGCGAUCUGUCGGCCUUUGAUUCGGAUGCGUCCUAUCGACUUCCGGAGGAUUAUGUGUCUCUACCGCCCGUUCAGCCACCCAUUGCUCCUCCUUAUAAGCGCGCGAUUCAGCUGAGAAAUAUCAUGUCUGGAGGUGCCCAGAAAUGA